UUGUACUAGACACGGACACCGCCGCGGAUCCCGUCGGACUUGUCGUUCCGCUGCGCGAGAGAGGGGUCGAGCUAACGACUUCUGAGGUCCUUCCGAGGGAACAAAGUGCUAACCGAACACAAACACAAGAAAGAGCAAACUUUUCCACGGCGCUCCAAUGAAGAUGGCGCUUGAGUCUCUGUUCGAAUCCGCAGCAGCCACGACAAGUGUGUGAAUUUGAGGUGCUAGCGUUGGAAGCGUUGGAACGUGUUCCGGCUGUGGCUGUGAAGCUAGUAGUGAGAUCGUGAACUGAAAGGCUGCGUGUGCGUGAAACGGUGGUGGAGCUCUCGCACCGGAACUGGAUUGACAAUAAAUGAAACAAUAACGAGCCCGCGCCGCUGAUCAAACAAUGCACCGAGGCAGCUGGCAGCAGCAGCAGCAGCAGUAGGCACCAGCGGCAUCAUCGGCAGACGCAAGCAAGGACACGCGACCGCCCGCUCGACGGCAAGCAAUAACAUUCGAAAGCAAUCUGAAACACACCAACAAACAGUAGAGUAACACAGACGAACCCACGCGCACACACAUAGACAGAGAGAGAGUAGUGCAACCAAACCACCCUCUCCCAACCUCUCGAUGACCAUGGCGGAUGAGCUAUCUUCGUCGGCGCGUCCCGCGUACAAGAAGCGCAGUUCCUCCAUCUCGGCGCCGGCCUGCGCCAGCCUGGAAACGAUCAUCAGCCCGCCGUCGGAGGGGGACACGCCCGAAGGCGGCACGCCGGGCUACCGGCGCCGGAAGCCGGCCACACGAUCGCAGAGCGCACGCAUCACAGGACCACGAUCGGUACGCCGCAAACCACAGCCACCGCCCGUGACGCUGCAGGACUCACGGGGACACUGCACGAGCGAGCCACGACUGAACGACUCCGACACUCCGCCGCCACAGAAACGCCGAGGAUCGCAGAGGCGCCCGAUGCACAAUUCAGAGCGACGCCAUCAAAAUGUCAGGAUUAAGCUAGCGACACCGAGAAAAUCGAAUGCAUUUCUGGAUGUGCCACAGAUCAACCUACAGCACCUACAGCUCGACGAUCAGGAAGAUGACGACAAUAUCAGACUGAGAACGUUCAGUUCAUCGAAGCAAGGAGUCGUGAACCGGGGCGAUUCGUUCCGUCGGCGACGCUCGCGGAGCAACAGCUUGGCCCCGGUGAGCCCGGUGCGGGUCGUGGACGAGGUCCAAACGCAACCGAGCGUCCCGAUCGAUUCGUACCGGGUCAUGAUGAUAGGUGCUCCGGGAGUCGGCAAAGGGGCCCUCCUGUCGCAGUUCCGCUCGUCGGAGUGUAUCAACGCUUACGACACACGAGAGUUGUCCGGAGAGCAGAACAUAUCCAUCAUCCUAAACGGAGAGGAAUCGGAGCUAACGUUCGUCAACGACAGCAUAGGGAACAAGGAUGAGAUGCUCAAGGCGGACGCAUUUCUGGUGGUGUUUUCCGUGGUCGACAAGGCGACGUUCAGCCGGGCGGACCAGCUGCUCAACAUGCUGCACGAUAUGGACGUAAGCCGGUCCCGGCCGACGAUUCUGGUGGCAAACAAGAUCGAUCUGGCCCGAUCACGUGCCGUUUCCUCGCAGGACGGCAAGUGUUUGGCGUGCACGCACAAAAUCAAGUUCAUCGAGGUGUCGGUCGCUAUCAACCACAACGUGGACGAGCUGUUGGCCGGGAUACUGUCGCAGAUACGACUGAAGAGGGAGUUCGCCGCGGUUCAGGGCACCCGCGAGCCGUCAUCCACUGUGCACUGGUACAAAAAUCGCAGCGUUGUCCGGGCCUCGAUGAAGGCCCGCCAGAUGAUUACCUGGGUCUUUGGCAAGGAGGAUUCCAAGUUUAAGAACUGCGAAAACUUGCAGGUGCUGUAGGGCGGUCCCUCGUUUAUUUCACGUGCUGCUUCCACCCGGCCACUAUCUUGGAUCCUGAAUAUUCAACGCUUCUCGAGCGACACUCGACUCGACUUUUGUAAUCAGGGCGCGUGUGUAUCAUCAACCACGCACGGGCAAAUGAUGAUUUGACAUCCAAGCCCGUGUGUGGGUGCACGUAUAGGUGCGAGUAGAAGAGCACCGUUGAACAGUCCGGUGCAGCCUAAGCGACAGGGACGAGGAACACACACGCCACCACACAGACCAUCGGGGAGCACAGCAUUCGGCGGCAACGUUACAGUAGUUAUAAAAUUUAUAUGCUAAAAGUGCCUUCGUGUCAGCUCAUAGAUAUAUUUAAUGAAGGGAAGGUUUCUCGAGCGAAUUCAAAGCCGAAACACGGAACAAUAAGAGAUAUCAAAGGUAAAACAACCGACACGUGGCGCGGAUGAUUAGCAUAGAUGAACCACUACUGAGAGGCACUACCGACCGACACACAUUGUAGCGAGACUCACGAGACGACCAUCGCAAACCAAUGUGAGCUACAAAGAGAUGCGAACGGAUGUGAAAAACUGUGCCACAACGCAAUUCUUAGUGUAAGCGAUUUCAUUUCCCACUGUACUUUGCCAUAAGAAGAAAAAUAAACUGUAUCCCAACAAUCCGUACAACCAAAGAAAAGAGGCACCGUUUUAAGGGCACAAACGAGAAGGCAACUCAUUUUUCUACAGCGCCACGAAUUAAGUUAGUACCAAACCACACAAACCAAAGCAAAACUAAAGCCUGUAAAGUGUAACCAAACGUUUAUGAAACCAUUCUACCGAAAUAGGAGUAAGCGCUGGGGCUGAUUCUUGGAGUUUAAAAGAAAUAAAGCAUUCAAGUGAAAGGCGGCCAGCAAGUGAGUUGACAGAUGCUAAAGAAAGUGAAAGAAAUCAAUAGCAAAUUCGAUUCGGGCACCAGUUGUUAAAAGCGUCUUGAAGCGGAACAAUUCUAAUCACGCGAUCGCAAGUGCGUGAAGCAAAUAAUCAAAACAUAACACCAUUGUCUCAUAUACAUUUACAGAACAAGCUCAUGAAACAUCAAUAAAUGCAUUGUAACUAGCAGCAUAAGUACUUAGGCACGCGCGCAGACACGAAUAGUUGAAUAUCGUUUCAAAUGCAACGGCUGUAAACCGACAGCGGCCGUCGUGAUGCGGUGGUGAUAGUAGAAAAAACAAACUGUUUAUAUGAUCGUUAUUUGUAUUGGGAAACGUGUGACAACCAGCUGGGAUUUGGGGGGGUGGACAGCUCGCAAUAACAGUGAGGAAAUUAGUAUCAACCAAGUGGCAAGUAGACCUAAUUCGAUUUCCGUAGCCCCCGCCCGUGGUCGUGUGCCCUCACGGUACCGUGAUCUUGUUGUAUGUUUGUAUCCGCCACCAUAUGCUAUAAGGAUAUAUACAGUGAUAGAGCGAUAAGAAAUUCUAUUUAUACUGUGACAAGAGGGGCACGAAAGCAAUCAAACCGCAAUUCUGCAAAACAUUCGUUCGGACUUCGGACGAUUUGGCGAGCAGAAGGCUUAGAGGUGUAUCGAUUCUAGCAAAAAAAAUCGCAUCGCAUUCGGUUCGUUUCGGCGCUGUUGUCCUGUGUGUCCAGUGUUUACCUGUAGAUGCGGUGGUCAUGGGGGAAAACGGGAGGGUGUCCUGCAAACUAUCGAUUUAUAUUAAAGUUAAACUCUUUCCCGCUGCCGAACGGCAGAAGCCGAUGUUUUCUGUGGCACGAGUUUCGGGCAGCGGUUUAUACAACACUUUAGCUAGAAUAUGCUGUUUAAUCAUUUGAUAAUUAUCUUCCACAACCGCGCCGCGUAGCGUGGUUGCUGUUGAAAGUCUUUAUGACGAACUCGUCGUAAUGUGCUACCAACUUAGCUUGUCUACUUAGAAAACAGAAAUGUUACAAAUGCUUUCAAUUUAUGAAGACUUCUCUUCCACUCUAAACUUUCUCGUACAAUAUCUUCCGGACGCAUGCCCUCGAGCACCGUAACGUGUUCUUUUGAACCACAUGUUCUUGUAUCGCUCUGGAAUGAUUGCUGGCCUUUGGUCACCUCCAAGAAUGGGUGAAGGAUGGCCCACCCUGGAGCAGAAGUCUGCUGCCACGGGACACACACGGGAACUUUCUCCUUGUCUCGCACCUUGUCGUCGCACCAAACGAGUCCAUUAGGUAAGCACGUGUUGUAGGCAUCAUUCAUUGAACAAUUACCAUACCGUGUACCGUGUAGCUGUUGUGAUGUAAACUGUAUGUACAAUAAAUGCGACAAACAGCAAUAAGUCCGCGAACAUCAAAAACCGCGCACUACACAAAAUGUCGACUAGAAACUCGAAUCGAACAAUGCUCUACUUUUGCACGGCAAAAGCCAGAGUUGAUAAACUGUUAACUGUGGGCCCAAAGAUAAUAAUAGCGUUAGAUGGUUCUGAUAGAGUAGCGGCAAGCAUGAAGAAGCAAGCAUCGCCCCCACUACCUUCCAUUAUGAUUGUCGGUUCCACUCCCAACACGUCCAAAAACCUCGAACGGCGUUAGCACCGUACCGCCACCUUGCAGUAAAAAUUCGUUGCAAUGUUUAAGACUUUUAAACCAUUUACUACGUUUAUACAACAAGAAGCCGGAGACAAGAAAUCAAACAAUCGUAAACAUCUACAACUCAAGGACAGAAAGAAUGCAAUAGGCAGUGGCAAACGAGGCUGCUGGCGAAAUGCUAAUGUGUCGGACUUUAUCAACCAACAGCCUGUAUUGUAAAUCUUUUAUCGUUUAAAACCUACCAAAGCAUAUACAAACAAACUAUGUGAGAACGAUAUGCAUACGUAUAGACAGAUAUGCAAACCCCAUGCUUACGACACUGUUUUUAAUUUUCAGUAAAAAUAAACGUAUAU